AGUUCACGACAAGUGUCUGCUACGCAAAAUUGGCUUUAGUUAUACACACGUAACGUCUAACAGUCGCAGUCCGAGAGUGAUUUAGCGUAUACAGCAGCAGAUAUUUCAGUGGGCUACUGCAUGGUUCAACAGUGUCAAAAAGGACUAGAAGUUGGUUUGGAUACUUUCCCACUGGUUCUGUGGAUUCGUACUUCACGCUCAUUUACGCAGGAGAGAGGAAUUUAUUUGGACCUUACGGACUCACCAUGACGGAGAGGAGUGUGUGGGGAUGAUGCAUGGUGUCUAAGGACCAUUUAAAUUCAGGGCUAUGCGUUUUUCUUCACUGAGCUUUUUAACCAGUCUUAGAGUUGAGUGCUUAUUGGUGGUUAGUGGUUAGUGAAGACUGAUGUACUGUAUGAGGGACACUUCUCAAGAUCUUCAUUAUCUGCCAUAAAACGUCAUAGUCCCAACAUCUGCUCAGAUGUAUAAACAGCAACACAGCAGCACUUGUCAGGAUCUCCUCUGAAGCUGAUACUUCUCUCCAAAUGCACCAUGGAAGUCGUAGGUGCAUGUCCACCGUUUGGAGCUCCAGCAGGAGAGCCCAGGUCUAAGACCAUUAAAGACAGGGACACAUGGAGGUCCAUGGAGAAGCACGCUGGACCAGAUGGGGAGAAAUGGGUGCUGGUGGAUGUUGUUCUCAUUGGAGGAGCUCCGUGGGGAUUUACUCUGAGAGGAGGUCUGGAAUACCAAGAACCACUGAUUAUUACAAAGGUGGAGGAGGGAAGCCGAGCGGCGCUGGCCCAGCUCCAGGUCGGUGAUGAGAUUGUCAGUAUUAACACAGUUCCUCUGAGCGGCUACAGACAGGAGGCUAUUUGCCUGGUGAAGAGCUCCUUCAAAACUCUGGCAUUGGGGUUGAAACGGAAGAAUGAACCUUGCUCAUGGCAUUCUUCCAAAGUCUCUGAGAAUUCCUCAGAAGUUCAUGAGACUGAAGAUACUGUUGUGCGUGAACCGGCGUGGCAGACAAAGCGUGAUGCAGGUUCAUCCUCAAAUAACUUCAUCAGUUGCUGGGGCCAGACAAAUCUGCAGCCUGUGUCAUGCCAGUUCAGCUCAGUGGGCAACAUGGAACUUCUAGAGCGCUCCUGCAACACGCAUCACAUUGGAGCAGAAAAUUUAGCAACCACGAGAAGCGGAGAUAUACAUAACUCUGGAUAUAGAGCAUUUUCUUCUUGCACACCUGAACAGCAUUUGUCAGAAAGUGCCGCCUCAUCAGAGUGUAUGUUUUAUCGGGGCAGCCAAAGUGAACACCGCAGGUACCUACAGAUUCCUGUGAGUAAUGAAGGUUGUACCAGCCCUAAAAUCGGGGACCAGGCUGGCUCCAGAUUCUUUUCCUCUGGGAAGUUGAAUAUUAACCCUGUGUGGCAUGUCCCAGAGAAGUCUUCAGCAGCUUACUCACCACCCCCACCAGCUCCACCUUUACGCAAUGACAGUUUCACAGCAACUAAAGAUCAUGAAAAGGGAUUAGGCAUCCCAUACUUGCAUGGACUGCCAGUACAUUCCUAUCAGAAGUCCCAUAGUAGAGUUAACGACAGGCAGGCUGAUGACUACAAUUUUAGUGAACAAGGAUUCCAGUCACAACAUAGCUACAACCCACAAUCUGAAAAAGAUUUUCUCCGAGUACACCUAUCAGCUGAGGACUACUGCCGAAAUGAGUUGAAUACCACAAAGCUUUAUUCCUUAUCUAGUACUGAUGUAAGACAAGGCCAGAACCACUUGUCUUGUCAGCCUCAGCAUCAACGGCAGCGUAGUGAUGAGAGUCCCUUCUACCUUUAUCCCAGGAACACGUUUGCACCCAAUCUGCAGACUGUUGGCAUCUAUUACCGUAGCCUGCAGCAUAUUGCUACUAAUGGGGGCGUCAAGAAGCAAACUGGAAGUGCCACAGGGUCUCUGUCUAGCACAACUCUUGACAGCAGCUCUGAUGGAAUGGCUAAUUAUCGCUACUAUUGCAUCACUUCUGAUGAGCCCAAACAAGAGAUCUCAGAUGGAGUUGGAGAGCAUAAAUGGAGGCCAGAAUCAGAGCCUAUCCAUGCUAGCAGUGACAGGAAUCCAGCAAACUAUCAAAGAGCCAUAAAAUUAAAGUACCCUCUAACUUCCCUGCAGGCACCUGAGAACAAAAGCUACAAACACACAGUCAGUCCUCCAAAAUUAGAAGCUUCAAGUCCAGCAAUAUUGAAGUCAAACUCUGGGAAAAAAGAAAAGGAAAAUCCAUGGAGGAAGGAUGGAGGAAUUUCUGAGAACCAACACAACAACAGCACAGUGAAGCAACAGGCAGAGCAGAGAUCUUUUUCCACCAGAGAACACAAAGAUACCCAAAAUGACCCUUGGAUCUCCAAGAAUGGACAUAAAAUCUGCCCUCAGAAGACCCCAUUGUUACAUUCUUUAGCCCAGGAGAACAGGAUUCUGACUGACAGUACCAUGAACACAACAAAAGGAUGCACACUGCAAGAAAAACCUGAUCCCAUAAGUAGCAAGCAAGGAAGACGAAGUGACCGUUAUGCCACUACUUUGCUCAAUGAGAUCCAAGAAAAGAGAGCCCAGCUUCAAAAGAGCCGGAGUGCUGCUACCUUAAAUUGUCCUGGAGAAUUUGAGGAGGACCUAGGGGUCUGGAGGUCCACAGAGACCUCUACAUCCUCUUCAGAUGGAUCCUUUACAAGCACCUACAAGGACCACCUGAAAGAAGCACAAGCCAGAGUUCUACAGGCCACAUCAUUUAAAAGGAGAGAUCUGGAGCUUCCUGGGAAUGAAACAUUUCAAGGUCAGUUAGGCACAAAAUCAGAUUCUACCAAUGGCCAUGUCUCCCGCAUUGGAAGUCGAAAACGUUUCCCCCUGGACAAAAGGGUCCAUUCUUUCUCAGAGCCUGACAAGAUCAAUGAAUUAGGUGUAGAAGAAGAGGCCUCAAAACAAGCAACUCUUGGCUCCUUUGUAGAUAGAUUUAAGUUCUUUGAAGGAGCUUCUAGACCAACAUUCUCCAAACCCAUCCCAAAGAAAUCCCAACCCAAUGUCAAUGAAAGCAUCAGUGGAGAUAAAAAUAGGUUUACUUUGCUUGUAGGUGAAAAUGAUAGAAAGUCUGCAUCAAACCAGCAGUUCAGUACACACAAAUGUAACGCCACAGCUGAAGAACAGCAGCGACUGGGCACCUUUGCAGAGUAUGAGGCAACAUGGAACUUGCAGAGGAAGUCAGUAGGAGGAAGAACAUCCAGUAGAUAUCACUCUGCAGAGAACAUUUUGGAUUCAGGGAUGGAAGAAGGCAACAGCAUGGUGUGCAUCCAUGAAAGGUCCAGGUCCUCUCCUUCAGCAGACUUUCAUGGGGAAAAAAUCACUCUGUCAGCAGAGAAACCUGUGGUAGAGCCUCAUCCAGAACACAAAUUACACCCGGAGAAAAUUCAUAGUGACAGUACAUCUGAAAGGGGUCAGAAUCAUCUCAACAUUUCUGACCCUCUGGAGUUCAGCAGAAGCAGUGAUCUGGAACAGAGAGACAUGACACAGCCUCUCUACUCCACCCACACCACAAAAGGAUCUUGCCCAGCAUCUUCACACCCUCAUCAUCUCCGUUUUCAAGCCUCAGUAUUUGAACUUUCAUCCAGCAAUAAAGGCAGUGCAGAACAAAAGCCUAGUGACUACAGUGAGAAUGAAUCUACACAGCUAGAAACCACAUCCUCAUCCUCUCUGAGUGACUCCCAGCAGGAAGACCCACAUGCUGCUACAAUACCACAGAGGGACCGGAUGUGGAAUAAUGGCAAACCACUCUCUGCUUUGGUGCCUUCGGCAACACCCAAAUUCCCUCUCCCUCAGUCCGGUGGUGAAGUUACUGCACCCUCAGAAUUUGGGUAUUCACAAGGGUCUUCAAUUUCACUCCGGAAGCUUACUGAUGAACUCCCUGCCAGCAUUCAGUAUUCAGAUAUUCACAGUAACUUGAUGGAGAGCUCAACAGAGCCCAGCUCUGCCAUGAAAAACAUUCCCAUGAGAAUUGUCCAUGCAGAAGGCAGCUCUAAUACAGAAAAUAAGCAAGAGUCACCUGGAGAUACUGAUAAAGGGUUUACCCACCAGCUAAACCUACCAUGCUCCCCAGAGCAGCCUCUUUCCCUUUUUCAUGCCAUGCAGUUCAGUUCUUCAGAGGACCAGAAGAUGGACAACACAGAGACAAUGAGGCUGAGAGCAGAUCCCACUGGCCUCUCUGAGGAGGAUGAGAAGAGAGAAGAACUAGCCAGAGACAUCAUGGGAAUGGAUAAGAGUCUGGUAGACAUUUUGGAUCAGAGUAAGAUGAAGACCACUAUGGACCUGAUGGAAGGGAUCUACCCUCAAGGAGAGCAGCUUUUAGAGGGGCUACAGCAAAGGAGAAAGUCGGUUUCAAAGCAGUCUCCCAAAACCACACAGGAGAAGGCCGAUGACAAAAUGGCUGCCUCAGCCUCACUAGCGACGAGCUCUUCAUACUACAGCACAUCAGCUCCCAAAGCUGAGCUCCUCAUUAAGAUGAAGGACAUGCAAGAACAGAUGAGGGAACAGGGCUCUGAAGAUGAACUUGAAUAUGAUCUGUCCAAUAAGAAGCAGGAGCUGAUUGACAGUCUGAGCAGGAAGCUGCAGGUACUACGUGAGGCCAGAGAGAGUCUUCUGGAGGACAUGCAGGACAACAACAAUCUGGGUGAAGAGGUGGAGGCCACCGUGCAGGCCAUUUGCAAGCCCAAUGAGCUGGACAAGUUCCGCAUGUUUGUUGGAGACCUGGACAAAGUGGUCAGUCUGCUGCUCUCACUGUCGGGGAGACUGGCACGUGUGGAAAAUGCACUCAAUAACCUGGAGGAGGGUGUUUCAGCUGAAGAGAAGCACACGCUAACAGAAAAACGGAAGCUGCUGAUUCGCCAGCAUGAAGACGCCAAGGAGCUGAAGGAGAACCUGGACCGAAGGGAGCGCCUGGUCUACGAAAUCCUGGUCAGCUACCUGAGUGAAGACCGCCUCGCUGACUACCAGCACUUUGUGAAGAUGAAGUCGGCCCUCAUCAUUGAGCAGAGAAAGCUUGAGGACCGGAUUAAACUCGGAGAGGAACAGCUCAAGUGUCUGAAGGACAGCCUGCCUCUAGAGCAGAGACUGGGCUACUGAACUUAAUUUAAACUGAGAGGUGGCAGAUUGGCAUCUUCAGCACUGUGGCACGUUGACUUUUCUGUUAUUAUACAAGUAGUUUGUGAGGAAGUUACUCAGUGAAUGGAUAUUCUAUAAAAUGAAUUCAAUCUGGCAGAUUAAGCUGUGUUGUUAAUUGGCUUUU